AUUUUGGUUCCCUCAGCUGAGCGAGCGCUGGAAAUGUUCAACUUUGAACUUCUUCUGGAGAGACCCAUGCGUGUGAUGUGGUCUCGCUUUGAACGGACGCUGAACUGGACCAACGGGAGCAACAUCAUCAUCAAGAACUUGGACAAGUCCAUUCAGAGCGUUGACCUGUUUGACACCUUCUCAGUGUUUGGGAAGAUCGUGUCAUGCAAGGUUGUGGAAUCAAAGGGAUACGGCUAUGUCCAAUAUGAGUCACAGGAGGCAGCUGCGUCGGCCAUCAAGCGGCUCAACGGGAUGCUGCUGAACAACCAAUACGUCACCAUUGAGUAUUUUAAGUACCGUGAUGAGCGCAAACCUGAGGCUCGCCCCCAACACCAGGACAAUAACCUGUUCAUCAAAAACCUCGAUUACACCAUCAAUGACGAGUGUUUGCGUACGGUGUUCGCAGAGUUUGGGACCAUCAUUAGUGCAAAGGUGAUGAAGAAGAAUGGACUGUCCAAAGGAUUCGGCUUCGUGAGCUUCACUUCAUCGCAGGAAGCCACGACUGCCCAGAAAGCACUGAACGGCAAGAUGUGGGGCAAAAAGCAGGUGUAUGUGGGAGUGGCCCUGCGAAAAGAAGAACGCCAGUCACAGCUUGAACAUGAAAAGGCUCAGAAAAUGUUGAGCCUUCAGAACAAUGCACCAGCCCCAGCCAUCCCGACAGCUUCCUCUGAGGACACUGGCCAAGCAAUCUUUGAGACAGCUCCCCAUAAGGACACCUUCCCAGGCAUUGAGACAGCUUCUUCUGAGGACACCGUCCCAGGCUUUGAGACAGCUCCCCUAGAGGACAUUGUCCAAGUCUUUGAAACAGCUCCUUCUGAGGACAUCGUCCCAGGCUUUGGAGAUAGCUCUUUCUGA